AAAUAAACCAGCUGUGAAAAAAAAAACUCUUGACCAAAAAAAAACAUUGGAAAGUGGAAGUUGAGGAAGAAGUGAUUGUUAUUAGGGUGUCACUCACAAAAUCCUCUCACUAUUCCACCAGCCUCCAGCGCCCCCCCACGCCGCUGGUUUAUUAUUCUGAGGAAAAGAUUGAGUCUGUUAUGUUCUGAAUUUCAUCACUAUAUACAACAAAACUUCAACUAGAAUGGCAACUGAAGAGCAUAAUGUCGCAAAGGCCGAGGAAUUUAAAGUCCUUGCUAACGAAGCAUUCAAAGAUCGGAAAUUUUCCCAUGCUAUUGAUCUAUAUACACAAGCAAUUGAGCUAAACGGUCAAAGUGCAGUUUACUUUGCUAAUCGUGCCUUUGCCCAUCUUCGGCUUGAGGAAUAUGGUAGUGCAAUACUAGAUGCUACAAAGGCUAUCGAAGUUGAUCCUAGAUAUUCAAAGGGUUAUUACAGGCGAGGUGCUGCUCAUCUUGGGCUGGGAAAAUUCAAGGAAGCACUGAAAGAUUUUCAGCAGGUCAAGAAAAUGUGUCCAAAUGACCCUGAUGCAACAAAGAAGUUGAAGGAAUGUGAAAAAGCGGUUAUGAAACUGAAAUUUGAAGAAGCAAUUUCUGUACCAGGAUCUGUAAAGCGUCCAAUAGCUGAAUCCAUUGAUUUCCGUUCAAUAGGAAAGGGUCGCAAUUCUUCGGUGCCAACCGAAGUUGCCAUAGCAGCAGUGACAGUAGCAGUUAUGGCAGUGGUGGUCAUGUUUGGCAGGACAUCAAAGACCAUAGUAGUAGCUACAAUUGUGGUUGUUUUGCUGUUGGUCCUUGUGGCGUUUUGGUGGAGUGGCUCCAAUACUGAUGUCGAGCCACAGUAUUCAGGAGCAAGAAUAGAAGGGGAUGUUAUUACUUUGGAUUUUGUAAAGCAAAUGAUGGAUGAUUUCAAGAAACAGAAGUGCUUGCAUAAACGGUACGCAUUCCAGAUUGUGUUGCAAACCAAAGAGAUGUUGCAAGCUUUGCCUUCUCUUGUCGACAUAACCGUUCCUCAUGGAAAACAUUUUACUGUUUGUGGUGAUGUGCAUGGUCAGUUUUAUGAUCUUUUGAAUAUUUUUGAGCUCAAUGGGCUUCCUUCAGAAGAAAAUCCGUAUCUAUUUAAUGGCGACUUUGUGGAUAGAGGAUCGUUUUCUUUGGAAGUCAUCCUCACUUUGUUUGCAUUUAAGUGCAUGUCUCCAUCUGCCAUAUAUCUAGCUAGAGGAAAUCAUGAGAGCAAGAGCAUGAACAAGAUAUAUGGUUUUGAGGGUGAGGUGCGCUCAAAGUUGAAUGAAACAUUUGUCGAACUAUUUGCGGAAGUGUUCUGCUGUUUACCUUUGGCUCAUGUGAUAAAUGAUAAAGUUUUCAUAGUCCAUGGAGGUCUUUUUAGUGUUGAUGGUGUCAAACUCUCUGAAAUCCGAUCAAUUAAUCGGUUUUGUGAGCCUCCGGAGGAAGGGUUGAUGUGCGAGUUGUUAUGGAGUGAUCCACAACCUCUCCCUGGAAGAGGCCCAAGCAAGCGUGGUGUAGGCCUUUCUUUCGGUGGGGAUGUUACAAAAAGGUUCUUGAAGGAUAAUAAUUUAGAUUUAGUUGUGCGAUCUCAUGAAGUAAAGGACGAGGGUUAUGAGAUUGAACAUGACGGUAAACUCAUAACUGUAUUUUCUGCUCCAAAUUACUGUGAUCAGAUGGGUAACAAAGGAGCCUUUAUUCGAUUUGAAGCGCCUGAUUUGAAACCUAAUAUUAUUACAUUCGCAGCAGUGCCACACCCUGAUGUUAAGCCAAUGGCUUAUGCAAACAACUUCCUCAGGAUGUUCUCAUAAUCAAUAUAUUAGCUGACUCGAAUUUUAGAACUGCCAAUGGGUGGUGCUACCUUGCAAUGUCUAAGGUGCAACAUUUUGGAUGGUGGCUGGAGAAGAUUUGGUACAUGUUGAUCACUGUUGUUUUGUAUAAUAUUUUUGGAUUACAUUUUAUUGAUAUUCAUUUUUCCCUCCCCAAAUGAUGCCACUUUCUUUAUUACUUUUUUUUUUGGUCUCUUUUGGUAAACAAGUGUAAGGAAACUUGCAUCUUCAUUGGCUUCAUUAGACAUGCAGUGAUUAAGGUUUUACUUGAAACUGGUUGCAUGAAUUGCAUAGGUAGAUUUAACCUUUUACUUAUCUGAGUUUGAGUUUAUUUUUACUGUA